AUGGAUUGGUUUCAUUGCAAUCAGUGCUUCACCCAGCGUGGACCUGACUUUUGUGUCGCUAGCUGUGGACACAUAUUUUGCAAAAAAUGUGCUGGCAGAGAUAAAUGUCCAUCUUGUGGAAUGAACAGCAAGUAUUUGCUCCUCAACGAUAAAAUCCAACCCAAAGAAAGAAAGUUUUUCAAAAGCCCUGUUGAAACUGCGCUCAAGUUUUUUGCCCUUGUUUCACAGGUAUGGACGUUCCAGAAAGGCCAGAUGGAGCUUCUGGCCUCUUUCUACAAGCACAAGGCUUUAAAGGCUAAGGCUGCUCUUCAGCAGGCUCAACAGAAGCUAACUACCCAGGAAAAGGAGCUGAAGACUCUGCAGAAGGAAAACAGUGAACUGAAGAAGACUCUCAACUAUUUAAAGGGUUCUCCACAGCAUCUCCAGGGUAGUAGAAACAGCACCCCAAGACCAGUUGCCAUCACACCCCCAUUACAGACAGUCACACCAAGGCCCAGUUUCCAGCGCUCCAGUGAGGUGGUCAGCUGUUGUUCUUCUAUGGACUCCAUCUCCUCCAUGCAUGCUACAGAGGGCAAUAGGAUGAAUGAAGGGAGGACAACUGCAGCCAACUCUAGAAAUGCAACUCCUUCUCCAGCUUCCAAUCAAAGUUUAUUCUACAGGAGCCCUUUCUCCUCUUCUCUUACUCCUGGCUUGAAUGACUUCACCCUGCAUCCUCCCAUGGUGAGACAAAGUCAGAGUGCUAGCAAUAAUAGGCAGCAACAGGAAACCCCAAACUUCAACCUCAACAUUUUCAGUGUUCAGAGAGAUGCAGCCCCUCUGUCAGAACGUCGCGGCACUGAAAGGCUACGCCCUGAACAGUUGAGAUUUACCCUCCAACCUAUACAACCCUUUCAGAGCAGGCUCCACUCUGCCAGCAGAGUCCACCAGCAAUAACUGGGAAGACCAAAGC